UUCAAUAUGUCUGCUGUUGUUGAAGCAGACGAUUGGUAGUGACUCUGGUUUUCUAGUGAAAGAAAGUUUAUUUAUCUUUCUACUAUCUGAUUUAGUCAAAAUGUAGUUUCAAAGUGGAAAUUUCACUGUCAUUUAGACUUGUGAAUUGAAAUAGUGUUCAUUAUGUGAAGAAUUCAAGACUGCUGUUUUUGAAGAAAGAUGGCAUACUCGGUACGUCAGAAUUUUGCGCCAAGUUUUUACCAAUCGCUUGACCCUGGGGGCAAAAACAAACUGGUUUUAUUUUAAUUUUGUUUGAUUUCGAUCACUCUGGUAUGCCCACUAUUUCCAUUUCUCAAGUGUCUUUUUAACGAACAUUUUUAGGCCUACGAGAACCUAAUUGUGCACAUUGCUUUUAAAAUGGUGUCUGAAUCUCUGAAUUAACCUUUUUCAUUUGUGGCUACCUGGACAAUUUUUAUCUGUGAUACUGAUACUUGAAGCACCUAUUUGAGACCCAGCGAUGAGCAAGUAUAACUGUGUGAAAGUAAUUUUCGAGUUGGGACACGAAUCGUCGUUGAGAAACAAGAAGACGGCAGAGGGCUUCACUCAUGACUGGGAGGUGUUUGUGCGCGGUGCCGACGGCACGGACAUCCACCAUUUUGUCGAACGAGUCGUCUUCAAUCUACAUGGCACUUUUCCCAAGCCGAAACGUGUGUGCAAGGAAGCGCCCUACAGUGUGAAGGAGUCGGGCUACGCCGGCUUCAAUCUGCCGAUUGAUUUGUACCUGCGCAACAAGGAUGAGCCGAGGAAGAUUCGCUUCUUUUACGACCUUAGCCUGCAGCCGGAGGGACCACCCAUAGCGAGAUUUAAGCGCGAGAAGUUUAUCUUCAACGAGCCAUCUGAAGAGUUCCGUCGCAAACUGAUCAAGGGUGGCGGCGUUGGAGUGAAUGGCGAAAUGAGUGCGGGAGUCAAUAGCGGAGCAGCUAAUUCCGCGUCAUCAGCCAAUAGCAGCACAGCGUCGGCGGCCAGAAUGGACGACAGUGGAGGGGGGCCAAGUAAAGGAGGAGGAGGUGGAGGUGGCAAGGUGAAGAGCUCGGGGAGCUCGGGUGACACCGCCAAAAAACAUAAAAAAGAAUCAAUGAAACCAGAUGACAUGAAGACCAGCAACUCAUUUGCCGACUUGUUUGGUCCACCCAUCAAAAAGGCCAAAAUGUCUCCACCUGCCACCUCCAAAUCAUCUUCAAAAUCUUCUUCAUCCGACAACUCUAAACACCAGUCCUCCUCAUCAGACAAGCCGACAAACUCUUCAAAGCCGGCAGCCAACCACAGUCGAGACAAGGAGAAAGACAGAGAUCGAGACAAACGCGGCGACAAGGAUAAGGAGAACGGCACCUCAAAAGAGAAGGAAAAGCAGGAGAAGAGAGAAAAGGAGAAGCACGAGAAGAGGGAGAAGGAGAAGCAGAGUAAGAACAGGGCUUCUUCACCGGGAGCUGUUGUCAAAUCAUCUUCUUCAUCAUCAACGGGGAAAGAGGUGAUAAAGGACGAUAAAGCAGCUCUCAAGUCAUCGUCCAAUCACGAAGUGAAGGAGAGAGAAAAGGAACGGGAGAGAGACAAGGUAAGUAAGACUUCCUCGUCGUCGGGUAGUAAAAAGCACAAGGAGAAGAAGAGCAAGGAGGAGAGAGGGGGAGAAAGUGGAAAGAAAGAGAGACACAAGGAGCAUCACGAACGGAGCAAAAAAGAGGAGAGUUUACCGGUAGACAAGGAGGGAAGUAGGAGCAGUAGUGGAAGUGUGGAAAGGAAAGUGAGUAAAGAGAAGGAGAAGGAGAAUGUGAAACGGUCUCCGUUGCCUCCUCCACCUCCUCCUCCUCCUACUCAGCCCAAGGUUGAGGAGAAGAGGGAGAAGACGGGGAGUGAGAAAAACAGCAGCGAAAAGGAAAAGCAACAUAGACACAAGCAUAAGAAGAAGGAGAAAAGUAAGAGGGAUGAGUUCCGGGAGAAGGAAAAAGUGAAGGAGAAGAAGGUAGAGGGAGGAGGGGAGAAGAGUGGUAGUAGUAGUGGUAGUAAGCAUAGACCCAGCUCAGGAACGGUUUUGCAUAAAUUAAUGGAGGAGAUAUCCAAUAGAUCAGAUUCGGAACUAUCAGACGGGGGAGACAAAGGACCCGUUUCCCCUCCUACACCACGACCGCCGUCACCCCCACCACCUGCCAUCUCACCCCCACCACCCCCUCCUCAUCACCCCUCCAAGUCGUCAUCAUCCAAUCUGAAAGUUGAGAUCACCAUUGCCGACAAGAGACAACACCAUGAGGAGAACAGGAAGAAGGAGAGGAGGCGAGAGGAGAAGGAGAGGGAGAGAGAGAGGGAGAAAGAGAAGGAACCGGCAAAGAAACACAAGCGAAAAAGCAGGGAGGUGGAGGAGGAAGAGGAGGAGGAGAUGGAUCGUAAGGUGGAGGUGUUGAGUGGUAGUCAUCGCUUUGAGGUAGAAGAAGAGGAGGAGGAGGAGGUUAAGGAAGAGGAAGAGGUGGAGGAGAAGGUGGUGGAAGAAGAAGAGGAGGAGGAGGUGGACAAUGAUGAUGAUGAUGAUGAUGAGGAGGAGGAGGAGGAGGAGGAGGAGGGGAUGCGGCUGACUGAUGAGUAUGUGAAUGUACUACGUGACUUGCAGAAUCGUAUCAUGACGUUGGAGGACAACAGUGAGUUGCAGAGAGUGGUGCAGGUAAUUGCCGAAACUGGUCGCUACGAGAUCACCAGCAAGACGUUCGACUUUGACCUGUGCGCACUAGAUCGCACCACUGUGCGCAAAUUGCAGCAGCUUUUCUUCGCGACCGCGUCCUCUUGACGCCGACGCCGACGCCGUCCGUCCGAUCGCCAUCCGCCAUACUAAUAGCAGCAGUCGCCAUAUUAGGCUGGCUACUAACGCAUGCAUACUUAACAGUCCACCUAUGUUGUUGUGUCAUCACAGCUGUCAUCAGCUCCUAUUCUUUUGUCUUUAACCUAUUUGAACUGUUGAUAUUAAUUGUGAUGUUAUCUUACACUUUUACAACAGUACUCACGAUUUUGUUGCUUGUCGGACGCGUUUCAUGGCACUGAGCCACCUCCUCAGCGUACAAAGAGUAACUAGAUAGUUUGGUGUAGUAUCUAGCUACGAGUAGCAUCUAGCUAGGAGUAGCAUCUAGCUAGGAGUAGCAUCUAGCUAGGAGUAGCAUCUAGCUACUCCUUGUACGCUGAGGAUGUGACUCAGUGCUAUGAAACGCGUCCGACAAGCAACAAAAUCUUGAGUACUGUUGUAAAAGUGUUUCACAAUUUAUUACAAUAAAUAAACUACUGGAUAACUACAAAUUAUAAGCGAAGAAAAGAUAAACGAUAUACGAAAACCUAACCUCAAAAAGAUGUUGCUGAAAGCGUUUCGCUGUGAUGACACAACAAUGUAGGUCGACUGUGUAUGUGCAUGCAUGUUCCACCGUCAGUGGCCAGCUCCUUGUAAAUAACCUCGUGGAGAGUUGAAUGGGAACUAGAUAGAGUAUGAGUCCCUUGAUACAAACUAUACAGGGUGUCCCACGAACAGUGUAAAAGCCGAAGACCAUAGAUUCAACAUGAACUUCACAACACAAAUGACCAGUAAAAGUUUCUUAUAUCGGCCUUAGUUUUCGAAAUUUAUCGAUUUUUCAAUAUUUUAAAAAAAUAUGGUUGGAUAGAGGAAGAAAUUUCAAAUAAUAUGUUCCUUUGUUUGACGUUUUUGGACAUUCGUCGAGUUCAAAACCAAAUAUAAAACAGUUUGCAAGCUCAUAAAAAGUUCAAAAACGUCAAACAGGAACAAAUUGUAUAAAACUUACUGGAAAUGUCAUCCUCUUACCAACCAUAUCCUUAGAAUUGGAUUUUCAUUGAUAGUUUUUUUAGUUAUUGGCGUUUAAUAUAGUUAAAAUUAUAUAUCUCCAAAACUAAGUUCGUUUUAAGAACAUCUAACUUGACAUUUUUUUUUGCAAAUUCCAUGUAGAGGAAUAUUAUUUUUUUAUUUUGUAUCCAAAAAUAAAUAGACAGAGUCUAUGAUGUUUGGCUGUUACACCUUUCGGGCGACACCUUUCUCUGUAUAUUAUAUUAGUCUUCUUGUAAAUAACAACAUCGUAGGGACUUGAAAGGAAACGAGGUAAAUCACUUGAGUUCCCUGAUACUCACUACACAGGUUGGAGAAAAUUAUGGAAACAGCUUAAUAUCUCUUUCAAAAGGCAAAUAAUUUGACAAUAGGGCUGAUUGGAGAUCCUGUUUUGAUAAAAAAAACUAUUUUUCUGUCGCUUCUUGCAACAGAAAUUUUGAAUCAAACUUCUUUUUCUUAAUUGGGAAGGUGGUCAUAUCUUAAACGAUUUCGAUACAGAAUUUCAGGAGAAAAUGAAUGGGGGAAAACACACAUCGAUAUCUCAAACAGUUUCAAAGUUAUUCACAUUUAAAAAUACCAAUAAAUGAUACAACAAUGAAAUGAGUACAUUACAAAACUAACAGAUCAAAUAUUUCUGUUCAAUGUGUUGAAUAUGUGAAUAGAUGUUACUAUAAGGCGUAUUGAAAAGUGAAACGGUUCGAGAUAUCGAUGUGCGGUUUUCGCCAUUUAUUUUCUCCUGAAAUUCGGUAUCGAAAUAAUAUAUAUAAUAUGACCACCUUCCUAUUUAAGAAAAUGAAAUUGGAUUAAAAAUGGCGGUUGAGCAAAAUUUUGAAGCGACAAAAAAGUAGUUUUUUCAAUUCAAAUUGGACUCCAAUGAAAUCUAUCGUCAAAUUUCUACUUGAAAAUAAACAUUAAGCUGAUUCCAUUGUUUUCACCAACCCUGUUUAUGAGUCUCCUUGUAAUUAAAAACAUCGUAGAGACUUGAAAGGGAACGAGAUAAAGUACUAGAGUCCCUCAAUAUACACUAUAUUUUUCUCCUUGUAAAUACUGUAACAACAUCGUAGAAACUUAAAUUGGAGCUAGGUAAAGUAUUUGAGUCUUUUCCUUGAAACAUACUAUAUUUUUCCUCACACUAGAGUCAUACAGAGAGAGAGAUAGAGAAUAGCAUAAAAGGAUAUCGCCCAUGGUUUAUAUGGUUUUUCCAAAUUACACUGUUUGCACAAGCCGAUUGAUUAUUGUCAAUCACUAUAGUCACUUGCUGUGUUGGCAGGGUGAGAGUGUAUGAACGGCACAGUAUUAAUUGAUUGAUAGUAAAUUGAAUAAAAAUAUUAUAAGAUAUAGUACAAUAUCAGUGGAUAAAAAUUAUAAACUUUGGAAAAAGUACAUCUUAGUUGAUGUAGAAUGUUAUGAAUACUAGUUUUAUACUCUCACCAAUUUAAUCCUUUGAGGUGUUUAUGAAUUUGAAAUGUUUUUUAUAAUUUCAAUUUUAUUUUAUUCACAAUACAUUUACAGAGUCAAAAUAUUCUAAAAACAAAUUUGUGAAUAUUUUCCCCAUAUAGACGAAUCUGUGUGUGUGUGUAUAAACAAUUAAAAUUAAAAAUUGAACAAUUGAAAUUAUAAAUUUUUCUAUGGACUUUGGAAAAUUUACAUCUGAGUUGAUGUAGAAUGUUAUGUAUAUAUUAGUUAUACUUUUACCAAUUGAUCCUUUGAGAUGGUAAAUUUACAUGGAGGGUUUGAAUGUUGAAAAUUGUCAUGUAGUAUGAGACUACCAGCGUCACUAUAGCUCCACGAAAAUGAAUUCAAUUCAAUUUUAUUCACAAUAUAAAAUACAUUUACAGAGACAAAACUUGUUCUAAAAACAAACUUGUUAAUAUUUUCCCCACAUAGACGAAUCUGUGUGUGGGGACUAUCGGCUUGAAUUAACAGGGAAAUUUGGAACAUAAACGCUUCACAGCAUGAUAUCUUCUUAUGCUAGCUUUUCUCUAUUUUAACAUCAAUGCUCACAUUAUUACGUUGAAUCUCAUAACAGAAGUUCUACAAUUGCAUUUGAGAAAGUAUGGAUUGAGAAUAAUCAUUUGUGAAGAGUGCGGCAGUAAAUUUGAGCUUGAAAUUCCCUCAUAUCAGCGACCGUCACAAUGAUAAUAUAAUUUCCUUGAGCUCUGAAUGGACUGUUCCCACUCAGUACGGCCGAGUCCCAUUAGAACUGUAUUGUAUUUUAUAGGAAAAUGUAUACAAAAAUUGUAUUUUCUUUGUAUUAACUGGGAAUUGUAUUCUCAAUGAUAUGUGGGAAACCAUCUGUUACCUGUAUAAAGUGUUCACAAGAGAUAUUUAUUGAUAAUGGAUGGGAAAGUACAAAUCAAAUUGAGGUGUAAUAAUGAGAAAAUAGAAAUCUAUGUUUAGGUUAUUAACGAUUUUUUUCCUCACUACUUGAUAGCAAGGCUGGUUGCUAAACCUUGUUUAUAUGAGGGGUAACAUUCACUAUAUCAAGAUCUCAGUUGAGAUCACCCGGAUGAGCUACUUCAGUAAGUCAAGUUUUCAGUUCUUCAAGUGCAUUUUGCUUUCAGAAAGUCCAGUGGAAAACUGUAUCAUAUAUGCGAUUCUAAAAUUAUUGAAUAAUUUUCAACAAUACCAGCAUAUUGCCAUGUAAUUUGUGAAUGGAAUAGUUUUGGGCCAAGCCUGUUGUUCCGUCCCAAUCAGAUUUAUAAAAUUUGUGAUUGCAGCCACAAAUAAAUAGAUGAAUCAAAAGCUUAACCCCUUACCUAAGCGUUGACCUUCAACUAACUUCUCCCCAUAAUAAUAUCGAGUGACCUGGCUGGCUCAGUUCUGGUGUCAGAGUUUUCAGGUCGCAACUGAUAAACUUCAGGGCCUCUGACAUGAGCUAACGACUGCUUUUUAGGCAGCCGGGACUGGCAUUGUGUCUAUCCCAUUCUCACUAAUCACCAACUAGUGUGCAUUUGUGUAGCUGUCUGCAACGAGAACCUGAUGCCGUGAAACGUGGCGAACUGAGUGGCUUACUUCCCAAAUGUUUCAUUAUCUCACUAAGUAGGUAGGCGUACCUGAUGAACUGAGACCCUCCCUGCUAAAAACGAUAGUGCUGCUAUAAAGCUGUUUCAAAUGUCAAACAUAAUAAUGUUAAUUAUUUUGAACAUUCUAAUGCAAAUACCCACUCUGUUCUAAGAGAUUAGUUGAAAAUAAUUUUGUUAUAUAUGUUGAAUUUUCAGAUAAUUAUUUUAUUUGACUCAUGAAUUAUCUCAAUAUUUAACAUUCUAGAGUGUUUAAAAUAGUACAAAAAUAUAAUUAAAAAUAGAAAGUUAUUAUUUUGACAAUAAUUUUCAAAUGCUGAUCAUCUAAAAAUGAUGUUUUCUGUUUCGAUUUUUUAAAAAGAAAAAUGAAGCUUGAAAAAAAUUCAGUGACUCUUGGUAACCACAGUAUUCUGUGCGCAGGAAUAAAUAAAACUUGUUGAAAGAGCUUUCAGUUUUCCAAAAAUGUCACUCAUUUUGUCCGUAGUUCAUUAUGCUUUUUGAGGAGCCAUCAUUAAUUUUAUGAAUGAAUCAACUUUCUUUUAGUGGUUGCAUUUCAUAUGUAUUUUUUCUUAUUUGCUAUAUUGACACUGAGGUUGAAAUUUUUGAGAUACUAUAAGUUGUACUAUUAUUUAUAUCAAAAAGUUGUUUUUUAGUUUAAUUAGACCUCAUAGCAGACGUUACAUCUCAUUGUUAUUGUAUAGAAAGUAAAUUAUUUGUAUAUUUGUCUGCUUAUGUCAUGUUAAUGACAUAAUUGAUUGAUUGACAUGCGUGUAUAUAUUAUAUAUUUAUGUAUGUAUGUAUGAGGUAAUUGUAAGUCAUAAGGAUGAAAAUAUGUGUAUACAUAUAUAUGUGUAAAUAAAUAUACACAUAUAAAUAUGUGUAUACAAAUUAAUACUAAUUGAUUUGUAUUUAGCGGAGGCUACUGUAUUAAUAUGCAUGAUAGCAUUUUUAUCAACCUGAUAUAACUUACGUGUAUUUGGCUAUUAUAAUCGACAUCACUGAUUUAUAUUUGGUUAUUUAAGACAAUUUUGGGUAAAAGAGUUGAUGUUUUGGAAUUUAUAAUUAUUUUCGUAAAUUAAUUUUUGGGCUACAGAUUUUGCUUUUUAUCUCUUUCAAAGCUGUGUGGUGUACUUGUCACGUUUAAAACCAUGUAAUGGUUCAAACAAACAAUGGUGGUUCGGGACUCACCAAAACCUUUCCAAAAAAAGGUACCUCAAUUUCUAUACGUUUCAAGGUCCCCUGAGUCCAAAAACAUGAUUUUUGUUACUUGUAUUUAUUAUCUAAAAUAAUCAAAUAAUUUUUAAUAAUAUCAUUAAUAUAUUGCCAUUUAAAAGCAAAACACUAAUUUCCCUAAUUUUACCUUUAAAACGUAAUUAUUGAAUAAAACCUUUCUUGUUGUGAUCAUCUACAUUUUUUUCAAUUAGUCAAAUAUUGAUAUUUAGCCAAUCUGAGAUCCUCCCAUGCACAUUACCAUUACCCAUGCACAAGCCUAGAGCUUUUGUGAGGAGCAUCCUCAGCAAUUAUUGUAAUUAUAAAUGGGAAGUUGUUACUGAAAUAAAAUACCAUAAUGAUUAUAGUAUUUUUUUUCUCCUCCUUCCUAGGGAAUCUUGAGUGCCAUUUCAUUUAUCUGAAAUACAUUAUUUGCCUCAAACGGAUGAGAUAAUUUCUCAUGUUUUGUUUAUUUGUUUGUAAUUCGUAAAAAAUAAGAUUAUAACAGUUUUAUAAUUGAGCUCAAUUUUUAAUAAAUAAAAGAAUUGUUCCCAACUUUGAUAAUUAGUUUGAUUUUAUUGAAUAUACAUUUUUUGUAAUAUCUUUUUUUGUAAAGUCCAAAUUAUAAAUGUGCAUCCACUAUAGUGAGUUCCACGUUAAAAAGGCAGCAUUUGUUCAACAUUGACUGGUGUUGCUAUCCUUGUCUAUCAUUCGACAAAGCAGAUAGCGCUAUCCUUUUCUAACUCCGCAAUCAAAUGUUUAAUUUCAAUCACGUUAAAUAAAAUACAAUAAUUUUUCAGAUUCUUUUAUUUGUAGUCUAUUAUUUGUAGCAACAAAUGUUAUUAUUUUGCGUUUCCUUAUUUAUGCUUCUUGUAAUUAUUAUUUAGAGUGAAACUUUUAUUCUUUAUGGAUAGUGUUUGUUGUUUCGAAAUGUGUUUAUUUUAUGCUUUGUUAACUUGUUUUCUGAUUUACACACUCGUGUGUUUAAUUUAUUUCUAAACAAUAAGUGAUUGUUAUAAUCUCCUAGAUUUUGUAUUAAUGUUGUACAUAUAAAUAAUGUUAAUACAGUACUAGUGCAUUAUUUCUUAUAGUCUGUAAAAUAUCGCAUAAUAUUAUGUAAUGUGAAGUUGUUUAUUUUGAAAACAUUUAUGUACAAUCAAAGAUUGUUUGUUUUUUUUUUAAUUUCAAAAAGGAGCUAUUCCUUUAGUAUUUUUCAUGAAGACUGUGCAUAGACUACAUAAUGUUUCCUUGGGAGAUAAGUUUUCAAAUGUUUUGUUAUUCCUAGUGAUUUAAUUAUUUUUUACUGUAAAUUAAUGAAUUUGUAGUAGCCUAUUGAAUAAAAUCAACUCUAUUGAUAUGUAUUACAUGAGUAUUUACAAUAAUAAUCAUUGAUAUACCAGUAUAUCCAUAAUUAUACUAUCAAGUAGAUUUAUGUAUCAUGUUAAUCCCAAUAACCAAGUUUUGAAAAAAAACUUUCCAACUUUUUCAUUAAACAAUAAGAAAUUAAUUAGAAUUACUAUUCAUGAUAAAAUCAUAUUUCUCAAUAAUACUGAGAAAAUAUAUAUUUUAUUACUUGUGGCUGAUUAUAAAGAUGAAUGUAUAGAUAAGUAAAUUACUGCUUUACUAUUAGUGGAUACUAUUUACUAAUAGUUUUUCUCAUAUAUAAUGAUACAGUAUGAUACUUUUGAUGUUAUUAUUUUUGUAAGUGAAUAUGAAUGAUUUUGUACAUAGUGUUCUUAUUAUGUAAAUAAAUUAUUGAAAAUAUAAUCGAUGUUUGACAA